UUUUUAAUUUGUACAAUUUACAUGAUAUACACAUGUAAUUACUAAGGUUUCGGGUAUUUAAGUAAACUACGGCGACGAAAAAAAACGAGAUUUCUUCCAACACGGAGACGGAUUACAGAUUCAAAAUGCCCGCCGCCAGUUUCGGGGCUCAGCUUCCCCCUCUUGGCGACGGGGGUAUCAAAGACGUGUGGAAUUCCAACCUACAUGAAGAAUUUCAAAUAAUAAGACAGGUGGUGCAGAAGUACCACUGGGUUGCUAUGGACACAGAAUUCCCCGGUGUAGUGGCACGGCCUAUUGGUGAAUUUAGGUCCACUGCCGACUACCAGUACCAACUACUCAGGUGCAACGUGGAUUUGUUGAGAAUCAUUCAGCUGGGCCUCACGUUUAUGGACGAAAACGGUAAAACACCGCCCGGAUACACCACCUGGCAAUUCAACUUCAAAUUUAAUUUACAAGAAGACAUGUAUGCGCAGGAUUCCAUAGACUUAUUGCAGAACUCGGGGCUCCAGUUCAGGAAGCACGAGGAGGAUGGCAUUGAGCCGCUAGAAUUUGCCGAGUUGCUCAUGACAUCAGGCCUUGUUCUCAUGGACAACAUCAAAUGGUUAAGUUUUCACUCCGGUUAUGACUUUGGCUACCUGCUAAAGCUGCUCACCGACCAGAACCUACCGCAAGACGAGAAUGAUUUCUUUGAGAGUCUACGGCUGUAUUUCCCUACAGUUUACGAUGUCAAGUACCUCAUGAAGCUCUGCAAAAAUCUGAAGGGCGGAUUACAGGAGGUGGCAGACCAGUUGGAGCUGCGGCGCGUUGGGCCGCAGCACCAGGCUGGUUCCGACUCUCACCUCACUGGGAUGGCGUUCUUCAAGAUCAAGGAGAUAUUUUUCGACGACAACAUCGAGAGCUCAAGCGGGCACCUGUACGGCUUGGGAGCCCCGUUCUCCGCGUCCGCGAGCACCUUCCAGGAGGGCGGCGAGGCGGGCACCUCGUCCUGAUCGGCGGAGCCCGGGGCGCCCGCGCCGUCCCCGCGCCUCUACCUGCAGGAGUGAGCUGCGC